AUGUCCCCACAAAUUCUGUUCUCUGAUAUAGACAAGACCCUUAAGCCCAAGAUUGAGUUUUUCCAGGAGCUGGGUCUUUUUGGUUCUGAGCUAGGCAAGUUCAUUUCCAGGAAUUCCAUGCUUUUGAACGUGAGUUUGGAGAGAAGAUUGGUACCCUGCAUCGAAAUUAUCAAGAAUAUCUUGUCCAACGAUAAGGAUAACCAAGACCUUUUCCGUGUUCUUCGUCGGUGCAAUAAGGUGGCCAGUGGAGACCCUGAAUCAGGGUUGGUGGGCAAUAUUGCCUUCUUGAAGAGUUGCGGGAUUGUCGGGUCUCAGCUUUCAAUGCUUUUGACUAGGCAGCCUUGGCUUUUUACUAUUAAGGAAUCCAAGCUUAGAGAUCUUGUUUCUCGGGUACUAGACAUGGGUUUUGCUGUCAAUUCGAGGAUGUUGGUUUAUGCGCUUUAUACAGUUAGUUGCAUGAGCAACGAGACUUUCACGAGGAAAUUGGAAUUGUUUCAGAGUUCCGGGUUUUCUUCAGAAGAAUGCAUCCAAAUGUUUCGAAAGGCACCUGGUUUGCUUAGGACCUCCGAGGAGAAGCUAAAGCUUGGAUUUGAGUUCUUCAUGAAUACCAUUAACUUGGAAAAGUCUGUGUUAGUUCGUAUACCUUCAUGUUUGAUGUAUAGCAUUGAGAAAAGAGUGAUGCCUCGGUACAUGGUUCUGCAGGUUAUUAACUCCCAAAGGCUUUUGAAGAGGGAGCCAAGUUUUAUUCACGUCUUGUCUUUAACGGAGGAGGAGUUCUUGGCUAAGUUCAUAGCGAAGUUUGGAAAUGAUGCAGAGAAAUUGUUGGUAGCUUACAAGGGUCAUUUAUUGGGUUGCUCUUGUGAAGAUAACUCUUAA